AUGAAGAACGACGUGACGGUUCGAAUCAAAUUCAUAUUCGACCGCUCUAGUCUCUCCUCCCAGAGGGAUUAUGAGCUUCAAAACUCGGAGGCGAGGUCUCACAUCGCAAAAAUCGUCCACACCCGAAGGAAACUCAGUCCACUACAGAAAGUGGAGACCGUUGCAAUAAACCAAGCCUCUGCUCACCCGAGUCAUGGCUGGUGCACCACGAAAGAUGAAGGCGAAUCUGAUCUUCGACUUUCACCGUUGACGACCCACCACCUAGACCCACUUUUCAGUGUGCCUCAUCCGAGGGAGGGUUCUUUCUACAGGGCUAUGGAUAUUUGGUUUCAGUGGAUCCUGCCGAGCGCCGCCCCUGCAUUCGUCAUUUUCAACGUCGGAAACAUGUUCGCUUCUUACUUUGCUAGUCCCGGUUGUCAGAGCGAGGCUGCUCAACACUGCAUAGCCGCACUGGCAUAUGGCUGCCUCGAACUGCACCGUCAGGAGACCAUGAGCUGGGAGUUUGAUUAUCGCCAGGAUCAAAUGAAGCACAACGGCCUUGCAAUCGCCCUCCUCAAGAAAGAGAUCGCUUCAAACAGUUUCACAGCACAGAGUCCCUCCACGAUCAACACAAUCUUUCUGUUGAGUUUCCUUGCGCAACUGCGGGGCGAGAGUGAAGAAAGCGCAAUGCAUCGCAGAACCUUGAGAAGACUCUUCAGUUCCUUGCGAGGACCAAUUAAGCGCACAGAUUUCGACACACGGUAUGGAGAAGUGCUAUUACAGUUCAGUUGCUGGAUGGACCUCUUGGAAGGUCGACCAAAUGUGUUGGAGAUCAUGCCAGACGAUGACAAGCAAUCCGUGCUGGUUUCGCCAUUUGAUCGUUCUAUGGUAAACAAGGGCUACGAUACUGCAGCCGUUUUGCCCCGUGGGUUUCAGAACUUGGUGGAUGAAGGACGUCUUUCCAUGGAUACCCGACGUCUCCUCGCGCGAUUCUCGCACGCCUGUCGGUACGGAUUGGAAUCUGUGCCUAAGGCCGAACAGCACUUCCCAGAUUUUGCCAUGGCAAGUCCUCACGUAACUUCUGCGGAGCCGACCCUGGAGAAAUGCCUAACUCUAGCCUUGAUCUGCUAUGCCCAUAUGAGAUGGGCUAUCGCUCCGAACUAUGUGGCUGGUAUCAUGUGUCACACCAUAUCAAGGACGAAGCUAUCUCUAGCCCUAGCUUUAGCUCCCAAAUUUGAUAGUGCUGCAGAGGUCGAAUGCAUGGUCUGGACUCCAGGGCUCCGUGCUUCCUACAAAUGGGUUAUCGUGUCUCGGGGAAUUCAGAUGGCAUUAUCCAGACUGGCACAGUUGGGCGGCGAUUGA